AUGGCACAUAUAGUACAAUCCCUCGAUUUACCCUCCAACUACAAGGAUUCCCAAUCAAGAGUCGACCGUCAAAGGCAGAACGAACUGCUUGCGCAUUCAACCACUCUAUAUGUAGGGAACUUGAGUUUUUUCACGACCGAAGAACAGAUAUACGAAUUGUUUGCAAGAUGUACUUCUCCAGAGGACGGUGGCGGUAUUAAACGAAUCAUCAUGGGCCUUGACCGCAAUACAAGGACACCCUGUGGCUUUUGCUUCGUGGAGUACUACACGCAUGCGGAAGCUCUCGCUAGCAUGAGAUACAUAAGUGGGACCAAAUUGGACGAGAGAAUCAUAAGGUGUGAUCUGGAUCUAGGAUACAAGGAAGGCAGACAAUUUGGUAGGGGGAAGAGCGGCGGGCAAGUUAGGGAUGAACAUAGACAAGACUACGAUCCAGGACGUGGCGGAUGGGGAGCUCAAGCGCAGAGAAAUGAAAUUGAACGAAGACGACAAGUCGAAGAGCGGUACGCGGAUGCUCAAGAUGGACCGGGCGCAGUCGCGAGUGGAGGUGGAGAGUGGAAACAGGUAGAAGGCCCCGUAACUAGUCUCAAACGAGAGCGGUCCCCUGAUAACGGAGACGAGGGGGAGAGACUUGCUCAACGAACGAGAUUGGAUGAGAAUUCGGAAGCGGAACGAUUAUGA